UUCAACCUUAGAAAUUCACUCUCCUCCUUUUCCACAUACAGUCCUCUCUGUGUUUCUCUCUCUACAGUAUUCCCAGCUUCUCUUGACUGUUAUAGGACAGCCAUGACCAACUUUUAACAAAGAAGGAAAGUCCUAAAACUGUGAGAUUGUGAAGAGAAGGACAGUUUGUCCUUUUAAUGAAUGAAAGAAACAGAUUUCUGCUGAAUAGUAAGAUAUAGUUAUUGUGGAGAAAUAUAUUACAUUAUGGGUAGGGAAGAUAGCAGCUGGGGUACAGUGGCAGUACCAAUGGUGGCUCCUUUGAAUUUAGAAAGAGAAGAGCAUUGGAGACAUUUUGAUAACUCAGUUAAUGCUGUCUCAUUUGGGUUUGUGGCUACUGCUAUUUUAAUUUCAAUGUUCCUUGUUAUGGCCAUUUUUGAAAGAUUUCUCAGACCAAGAUCAUUGUCUUCCUCCUCCUCCUCUGCUGCUGCUACCAGAACUACAACAGAUGUUGAGGCACCUGUUAUUUUCCAUUCCAAGCUCGAUUACCCAUCCCCAAAAAUGACAGUGUAUGCAAAAGGAGUAUCAGUGUUGAUGCCUGGGGAUAAUGUUCCUACCUUUCUUGCACAUCCAGCUCCUGUACCCUGUCCUCCUGAACCUACCAUAAAGCCCUUUCAUCAACACUGCCCUUGCCUUAAUUUUACCUUGCCCUCCACUUCUAGCUGAAAAACUAAUUUAAAAGAAUAACAAUAAUAAUAAGAGAAACUAACUCUAGAACAAUAUUUCUUUCUUUUACCAAUCAAAACUUGAGAAAUUUGUACUAUCAGCACCAUUGGAUUCAGCCCAAGUAAGGCAUUUGCUUUCCUCAAGUGCAGGCAUUCAUAUUAAUGAAGUUCGCCGUCUCAUCAAUUUCCUGUUGUAAUUGAUUCUGAUGAAAUUGAUUUGGAAAUUGGAAUACAAUUUCAAUUGUUAUGAAAUGCAUACUUUUAUUGUCUUCAAA